AUGGAACCCCUCUACCAGGCUGGGUCCAUCCUCAUGAAGGUGAACACCUUACAGGGGAAGAAGAUGGUGGAGAGCGGCCUCCAGUCUGGAGACUUCUCCCUCCCUCAGUCCUGGCCUUCCCGCCUCCUGCCGCCGGCCGACCUGGAGAUCGUGCAGCGGAAGGUGGCCGGGGUGCAACGGGAGCUGGAGGACUUCAAGAAGGAGGCGCUGAAGGCCAUCCACUGCCUGGAGGACGCCUUCUGCGAGCUGAACGGGGCGCUGGCACAGCAGGAGGAGCAGGCGGCUCGCGUGAGGCAGCGGCUGAGGGAGGAGGAGGACCGCGGCGUCGUGCGCAACAAGGUCCUCACCUUCCUGCUGCCCCGCGAGAAGCAGCUCCGGGAGCACUGCCGGAGGCUGGAGCGCAUGCUGCUGGGCUCGGGCCGGGACGCGCUCGGCCCCAGGAAGGUGCAGGCCAGCUGAGGCGACUGUCCUCCCGUGGGAGCCCGGCUCCGGCGGAGCGGCCGCGUAGAAGAUUGCUUUUUUAAAUGGAAGGACCGACCCUAAGUCCCUGUCCGUUUGCUUCCCUUUCCCCCUCCCCACUGCUUUCCUUCUAUCUCAAUAACACCUUGCUGAGAGGCGAAAAGGCCCCAGUAUGUUCUUUGGGUGAAGCUCCAUUUGC